AGGCAACCCUGGUAGUGAUGGUGCUCUUCUUUGUGUUGUUAUUGUAGACGAAGCCUAAAUAAAAGAAAAAGAAAACGCAAAACGGAAUUAGCCAAAUAAUUAUAAUUAAUUUUCCACAUUGAACGCCAAAGUGAAAUUUAGAACUAAAAAACUGAAUUGUAAACGCUUCACAAUUGUCUUUGGCUGCAAAACCUGCUGAUGCGCGCUGUGGACUGGCGUCGCUCCAAAUUAUCAAAAUUUACUGUUGAUCCGCAGACGGAGUCGGGCAUCAUCAUGGACAACGAAGCGUGUGCGUCUGUUGAGAAGGAACUUGAUCGGGUCGUCACCAAGCUGGAGCAGCUCCACGAGAACUCUGCGGCCGAAAUCGGUGAUAUUGCGUCGCUAAUGUCCGAGCUGGUCAAUGUGCUGGGCAAUGCUGAGCAAAUGGUUGUGACUACUCUAAAUACUGGGACGCAGAUUAAUGCCACCGACAACGUCAGUGGCAGCGGCAACAGCAGCUCUGAUGAUCCCAUGGGCGAUGGCAUCAACAUGCAGGUGGAGACAGAACCUUCGGCACCACAACGUCUCACCGAUCGUCAAAUGGAAAUCAUUCGAGAGGCGAUCUCCAAAUGCAAUGAACGCGUGCAGAAGUUGUCAACGGAGCACCGUGAGUUGCAUGGCUCGGUGUCAAAGAUUGGCAAAGCCAUCGAUCGCAAUUAUAGCUCCGAUUUCAGUUCCACAAUGCGUGUGGACGCUCUACAGGAUGAAGAUAACCUAAUGCUAUUAAAUAAAGCCAUUGCCAAACAUUACUGCCGCCAGGGCAUGGAUGAAGUGGCUCGUACUCUCAUCAAGGAGUGCAAAAUGAGCGAGGAUCAUGCCCAGGAUGUGUUCGACUCGGAGCGUGAAUUUGCCGAAAUCUACAACAUCUGGAAUCAGAUACAGAAGCGUGAACUGGGAGAUGCCCUUGACUGGGCCGUGCGUCACUCCAGUCAACUACUGGAGCGGCAUUCGCUCAUCGAGUUCCGUUUGCAUCGCAUGCGCUUCAUGCAGCUGGUGUCCAAUGGUCUGAAGUCGCAGAACGAGGCCAUUCUCUAUGCGAGGACGAAUUUUCAAAAGUUUGCCGUGCGUUAUGAGAAUGAAAUUGCCAAUUUGAUGGCUAGUUUUAUCUAUUUGCCUGGUGGCCUGGAGAAUACACCAUAUAGGAUCUUUCUGUCACAGGACAUGUGGACUGAAUUAUCGUUCACUUUCCUCAAGGAUGCUUGCCAGCUGCUCGGCAUUAGCAAAAACUCGGCACUAUCUGUUGUGGUCAAUGCUGGAUGUACGGCGCUGCCAGCACUGUUGAACAUCAAGCAGGUGAUGCAGUCGCGCCAGGUGCUGGGCAUGUGGAAUGGCUGUGAUGAGCUGCCCAUCGAGAUUGAUUUGCAGCCAGAGUUUCGGUUUCAUUCGCUAUUCGCUUGCCCCAUCCUGCGACAGCAGACCACCGAGGAUAAUCCACCGAAGAAACUGACAUGUGGUCAUGUCAUUUCGAACGAUGCCUUGCACAAGCUCAGCAAUGGGCACAUCCUCAAGUGUCCCUACUGUCCCGUCGAACAGAAUGCCGAGGAGGCUGUUCGCAUCUAUUUUUAAAACGUAGUCCAUAUUGCUCUUUACAAUUACAAUGUAAUCAUUAACAUAGUGUGAGUCUGUCUGCGCCGCCUUCUCUCAACUCAUGAUGAUGAUGAUGAUUAUGAACUGGGAUUUCACAUUGUUCUCUUUAAUGUUGCUCUAUGCAGCGGCAGUUUUCGCACUUUUCCUUAACAAUGUUAUUCACACAAUUGGCAGAAGCUCAUUUAGUUGGUUCUUUAGAAAAAUUGGAUUUGGGCAAAGCGAGCAUUGUCUUGAGUAAUGAAUGGUCGAUCCUAACAACCCUUCCUCCCUUCCCCCAUAUAUAAUUACCUUCUAAAUUAAGUACACAUACAUACACAUAUAUAUACGUAUAAUAAUAUAAAUAAAUAAACAUUUAUCUGUAAUACGACAAAAACUAAA